AUGGCAAACCAGACAAUGGUAGAGGAGGUCACACUAGGGGAAAAUGAGGUCGCCAUACAAGUAAAUUGUACUAGUACGACAUGUUUAGGUACUGGUACGACGAGCACUAGUAUAGUACUAGGUAUUGGUGCAAUUCCUCUAGGAAUUGGUACGUUUCUAGCAAGAACUAGUACAGUACUAGCAUGUAUUGGUAUGGCGGGUGCUAGUACGAUAGGUUCAGAAGACUGGAGAGGGGGAACUGUCAGCACAGCGACGAGUAUCGUUGCCACAGAUCAGUUUCAUCGUACUUGCAGCAGGAACAGAAACACAGAAACUAGUACGGUGGCAGCAGAAACUGGUAUGGCGGCAGCAGAAACUAGUACAAUGGCAACAAAAACUGGUAUGAUGACAACAGAAACUAGUACGACGGCAGCAAAAACUGUGGCACUAGAAACUAGUACGACGGUAGCAGAAACUAGUACGGUGUUAGCAGAAACUAAAAAUGGUACGACGACAACAGAAACUAGUACGACGGCAGCAAAAACUGGUAUGGUGUCAACAAAAACUGGAACUGGUACGGCGAUAGUAGAAACUGGUACGACGAUAAUAGAAAUUGGUACGAUGACACUAGAAACUAGUACGAUGGCAGCAAAAACUGGUACGGUGUCGACAAAAACUAAAACUAGUAUGACGGCAGCAGAAACUGGUAGAAUGACAACAGAAAUUAAUAUGACAGUAGCAGAAACUUGUACGGUGUCGACAGAAACUGGUAUGGUGCCAAUAUGUACUAGUACGACAGAAACUGGUACGGUGCCAACAAGAACUGGUACAAUGGCAACAUGUACGGGUAUGACAGGAAUUGGUAUGGUGCCAACAGGAACUAGUACUGUGCCAACAGGAACUAGUAUGGUGCCAGUAGAAAUUGGUAUAGUACCAGCAGAAACUAGUACAGGUGACUUGGAGGCAGAAACCGGUACGGUACCAGCAAAAACUGGUACGAGUGACUUGGAGGCAUUAGCAACCCAAGUGGCGAUGCUCACUUCAUAG